AUGCCUGCCUUCGUUCCACGAUACGUCUACUACUACGGAGGGGAGACCGAGUGCCACCCCUACAAGCCCACAAAACAAAUCUGCUAUGUGUGCCAGCGCAUGGGACACCGAUCGGACGUUUGUCCUACCCCGAACGUCAAGAUCUGUCUCGCUUGCGGGACGCACGACCCGACGGACGGCCACGAGUGCUCGCUCAAGUGCGCCGUCUGCGGCGAAGCUCACGCCACGGGGUCUCGCGAGUGCAAGCAAAAGCUAAAACACAACACUACCACCAAAAAGCAUCCUCCGCCCGGAAGGAGGAAGGAAGACGACGACAUUGAUGGAAGAAGGCCAAGACGAAGCCGCCUGCGGUGGUUCAGCUCGGAAUCCUCGGCGAGCCGCUCAAGGUCCCGGGCCCAGUCCAGGUCAAGGUCCCGGUCCCGGUCCCGAUCCCGAUCCCGGUCCCAGUCCCAGUCCCAGUCCAGGUCCAGGUCCCGACUCCGCUCGGAGUGGCCAAAGCCAGGAGAGCAGCGAGGGCAGCGCCAGCCUUCUACCUCGACAUCCACGUCGAAGCCGAAGAACCAAUCGGGCAAGAAGAACCAAGCCAACAACAACAAGGUGAGCCGGAAUCAGUCUUGUAGCUCCUCCGCUCAAAAUACCAGUGAAAAUAGUAAAUGCUCCCCAGAAUGUACGCGCAUCAGGGAAGAAAAUAAAAAACUGAAGGCUCAGGUUAACGACCUAAACCAACGCAUGCAACGCUUAGAAGCGUUGCUAAGCAAAACAAACAACAACACACAGGCGGGGCAGCAAAGCGGCACUAAAGGCCACCAGCCCGCCAUCUCCAUUCCUGCCCCCUCAAGAACCACCACGCCCUCAUCGCUACCCGGUGCGGCCUCGGCAGCGGCAGGCCAGUCAAGUGUAGUCACCCUCGAAGGCAUUUAUGCUACAAUACAACAGAUGCUUUACCAGAUGGGUGAAUUAAACAAUAAAGUCAACGAGAACACACUUAGCCAUGAAGACCUUGAAAGAAGAAUACGCAAGGUUGAGUUUGGCUCGCGCAAGCGGGUCGACGACGAGAGCAGCAACCCACGCAUGAAGGCGUACAGGCGCAUGAACAACACGGGCGACGUCAGGGACGCCGAAAACUGUGACGGCGGUGCCAUGAACGUCAGCAAUGGCUAA